AGAAACUAAAUGCAUGGAGACAUGUAAACAAAUGUUGUUUAUUAAAGAAUGAAAUGAAGAAAUUGAAGUCAUAAUACAGGCUUCCAUGUAUUUUUUUUUAUUCUGAUAGCUUUUUGAGUAUAACGAUUUGUUUUUCAUUUAACUAACUUGUUUAUUUCUACCAUCAUUAAUUUCAUUUCAUUGAUGCUUUUUCGGAAAUAUCGCACAAUUCGGACAAACAUUAAACAAUAAAUGUUUAAUAACAGAAGUACAUUGUUACUUUCUGAAUCGUAACAAACUUUUAUAAUUUGACCAAUUACGAUUUUAUGUUCAUGUUUUUCUUUAGUCCUCAAGGAACAUGUUCAACUCCACCCAGAGCCUUUGAUAAUUUUUGCUAUGGCGGCUCUGGCAGUCCAUAUGCACCCCUUCAUAAAGAUGGGUGCAGUUCAGCGCAGCGAAUCCGUGCGCUUCACUAAACAGACGUCGUUUGAGACAAAUUGAGGAAAAUAAUGAAUAAACUUCAUAAACAUGUUAAAUUUACCUGAAUGGCAACCUACUGAUGUCAUCCUUUGCAUGCACCCUAUAAAAACACGACGAUGUUGUAACACACUUUUCUCGCUGACAUGUUUAUGUUUAAAUUUGAAAUAGUGUAUUCUGUAUCCAGUACCACAAGGUUAUCGACUUUAUAGGCUGGAGCACAUAACCUGACGUGCAAAAUAUUGGUGUACUGCUACCUAACCAAUAUUGGGUCAAUUUUCCAAUAUGGCGGAUACAGCAUACAAAACAAAACCUAAGUCAAUAAAAUCAAUUAUUUCUUGCUUUAAUGGUACCAUUUGGAUGAGUUUGUGGUUUAGAUAGGUAAACUUGUAUAAGUUCUUGCAGUUUCAGUGUUCCUUAACCCUUGCAUUAAUGAUAACAUUUUGCACCCAUGGCCAAGAGAGAGCGCAUUGCAACUAUCAGCAACCCAUUGGGUUAUAAAGCUAAUAGUUGAAUUAUUGCAACUACAGUCUGUACUGAAUUAUACAAGAUAAAACUUUGUUUUUACUGACAUGUCCAACAAUAGCUUACAUAUGUUGCCCAAACUUAUUAUGAUUAAACUUUGUACACUGACAUGCAGAAAUCUCAAAUAUGUGUAUCUUUCUUUAAUAAAUUUUAGUUAAUUUGAAUUUAAUUUCAGAAUAUGAUGGAAUAAAGACUCAGUUAAUAGUUCUGUAUGAGAGAAUGAUCAAAUUUUGGAAAAAAAACUAAAAAAAUAGUGUCAUUCAGAAACAUUGUAGAAACAAACAGCUUUCUUGUGUGUAAUUGGAUGAUUUUAGUUGGGCUUUUAAACACUUUCACAAAGAUUUGUCUUAAAGUAUAAUAUCUUUUAUUUCUCUUUAACAAUAUGUUUUAAUACAAAACAAGUAUUUACUGACAUAUUUAAAUUGCUAUAUGGAAUUUACCCUUUUACAACUUUUUAUGAUAUUAAAGCUUGUAUUUAGCAAGUUUGCAUUUGACCUAUUGUUAAUGUGUUAUUGAUACAUUCCUUGCCAAUCAACAAGCAUAUGAAUUAUGCAAUAUGUAUCAUGCCUUAAUAUUAGAUUCCUUUAUAAUAGUGUUGUUUAUUGUUGGGUGGAUUUGAUAGCAUAUGUUUCUGUAUUAAACAUAUUGUUAAAGAGAAAUAAAAGAUAUUAUACUUUAAGACAAAUCUUUGUGAAAUCUGCAGGGGAAGAUUUCACAGUGUUUUGCAUUUAUAUAUGCAGUCAUUUGCAUAUUUGAAGAUUUUAUAUUGUUUUGCAUUUAUAUAUGCAGUCAUUUGUAUAUUUGAAGAUUUUAUAUUGUUUUGCAUUUAUAUAUGCAGUCAUUUGCAUAUUUGAAGAUUUUAUAUUGUUUUGCAUUUAUAUAUGCAGUCAUUUGCAUAUUUGAAGAUUUUAUAUUGUUUUGCAUUUAUAUAUGCAGUCAUUUGCAUAUUUGAAGAUUUUAUAUUGUUUUGCAUUUAUAUAUGCAGUCAUUUGCAUAUUUGAAGAUUUUAUAUUGUUUUGCAUUUAUAUAUGCAGUCAUUUGCAUAUUUGAAGAUUUUAUAUUGUUUUGCAUUUAUAUAUGCAGUCAUAUGCAUAUUUGAAGAUUUUAUAGUAAUAGUUUUAUAGUUAUUUGAUCAUUUGAAUAUUUGUUUAAUAGUAUUUGUCAUUUGUAUAUUUGUUUAUUGUUGUAGGGUUUCAUGAUCUUGUACAUCUACACUUGAUGUCUGUUUUCUUGUCAAUCUUGGCAAUAUGAUAUUUAGGGGUAACACAAUUUUAGUUGUAAAUGCAAUAUUAUACAACAUAUUUACAUCACUUAUUGUUAAGAGAAUCAUCAAAUACCUUUCCAAUAUUUCCAAUAUUAGCAACAAUGCUUGUUAAAGAUUAUUGCAUCAACAUUACACCCUUCUACAGUUUUGCUGUAACACUUUUUCAAUAUUCCAAUAUUGUCAAUAAUGCAUGUAAAAGAUUAUAACAUAACAUAAAUUAAGUCACAAACAAAUUAUUCAUGUUGAGAUCUUAAAUGACAGCCUGUUAUUGGCAUCUUAAUCAAAGCUCCCUUUUGAUGUUACAACAUACUUUGAUGUCAUUACCUAAUUGUGGGUCAGAGCAAAUCUAAACCAAAUGUGACCAUAACAACAGCAGAUGGCAACCAACACCUCUAUAAGCCAAACGCAGAAUGGAUUCAAUACCUCUGCUCUAUUGUCAUCUUGCUGUGUGUUUGUGUCAAUAAAGUUCUACUGUUGCUCUGACUUACAGGCGUGUGUGAAGGAUGGAUGACUCCCAGUAUCUGUCAAUAUUGCAUGGGCGCCUAGACAACCUCCCCACCCUCAAUUCUCGCCUUGUUAGAAUCUUCAUCAGCUCAACAUUUACAGACACUCGGGAGGAGAGGAAUGUGCUCUUGGAAGAUGUCUACCCCAGAUUGAAGACCAUCUGCAAGGAAAAAUAUGGCAUGGACUUUCAGCUGGUGGACAUGCGCUGGGGUGUCCCAGUGGAGGCGUCUGACGAUCAUCAGGCUACACAGCUGUGUCUGGAUGAAAUCAAGAACUGUCAAAAACUCUCUACGGGUCCAAAUUUUGUGACGUUCCUGAACCAGAAGCACGGCUUUCGCCCACUUCAGACUACCAUUUCAGCAACAGAGUUUGAGUUGCUAACCUCUUGCUUGAAGGAGAAUGACUUGGACUCAUCCCUGGUAGAGCGCUGGUACAGAAGAGACGACAAUCAGGUACCCCCAGUGUACGUGCUACAGCCAAUCAGCUCCUUGAUACCAGGCUAUAGGGACAAGAACAAUGUUGAAGCCCUGAAGGAGUGGGACGAGGUGUUUGCAAAGUUGCGUGAGUGUCUGAGAUUUGCCAGCAAGAAAUGUUACGAGAAACAGCGCUUAUCAGAGGAGGAAAUGCAUAAAUACUACAUGUCAGUCACCGAGGCGGAAAUUUUCAACGGUAUCCUUAAGCUACCAGACAGCGCGGCGGAUCAUUGUCUGUGUUUUGUUCGCAUCAUCGAUGACAUCACCUCCCAUUUGGAUCAUAGCAAAGCUUGGCGUUUCAUCGACGUCAUGACGGAAAAUCCGAAAUCUCUGGACAUGGAGGCUCAGACCAUUCUGAGUAGACUGAGAGAUGAGAAAUUAGUGCGCAAGUUGAAUAACUUCAAUAUUACAAGAUACUCGGUUAAAUGGAGCGAACAUGAAGGCAUAAAUCGCCAAGACCACCAACAGUACCUGGAUAAUUUCAAAGACUCUUUCUACAACAGCAUGGUCGUCAAGAUCGAAUCUGCCGUGCAAAAGGAAAGAAGUCUUAACAUGGACGGGCUUUAUAUCGAGUUACUACAGCACUUAAAUAUGGCCAAUGAGCGAUGUCGGAUGUUUCAUGGACGCGAAGAGAUACUGAAGGAUGUGGCUUCAUACAUUCAGGGCUCCGAAAACAAGAUACUUGCUCUGUACGGCCAGUCCGGAUGCGGAAAGACGUCCAUUAUUGCACAGAUCACAAAACUUGCACCGGGUUUGCUGAAGAACGCUGUUGUAGCCGUCAGAUUUCUCGGGACGUCGCCUAACAGCAGCAACCUGUGGCGACUGCUACGGAGUCUGUGUGAGCAGAUCACCAUCUGCUACGAGAAGGACAAACAUGAGGUGCCAGAAGAUUUUGACGACUUAAAGGACCACUUUGUGAAGGUGUUGUCUUAUGCGAGUUCCUCAAAACCCCUUUUGAUUCUUCUUGACUCACUGGAUCAGCUUUCCAGGGAACAUCAUGCUUACAAGCUCAAUUGGUUACCAAGGAAACUGCCACCCAAUGUACGGUUCAUCGUCUCUACGUACACGGAAGCGUCUGAUCUGAUUGGUACGUUAAAGCUUAUGUUUUCAGCAAAGCAUUUCAUCGAGGUACCAGUGUUUACCCCGUCACUAAGUGGUCAAGUGUUGAAAGCUUGGCUGAAACUCGAGAAUAGGACACUCACGGAUGAACAGUUUAAAAUCGUUGACUCAGCGUUUGACAAAUGUUCUUUGCCGUUGUUUGUUAAACUCGCGUAUGAUCAGGUGCUGUUUUGGAAAUCAUAUUCCCCAUUGGAAACUUGUCAACUGCGAUACACGGUUCAGCAAAGUAUCGAAAUAUUGUUUUCUCAGUUAGAAAAGAAACAUGGCGUGACACUGGUUAAACGAGCUUUGUCAUAUGUCACCGCUUGGAUCAGUGAAUCAGAGCUUGAAGAUUUGCUCUCCUUAGAUGACUCUGCUCUCACAGAUGUGUUUCAAAUUCAUGCGCCACCGUUGCGUAGAAUUCCACCGUUGCUAUGGGUACGCAUACGCCAUGAUAUCUCCCAGUAUCUGGUUGACAAAGAGGUCGACGAAGUGAUCCUUUUUCAUCGCCAGUUCUUCGAAACCGCUCGGAACAGAUACCUCUCAGAUAAAGCAUACAAACUCAAAAUCCAUUCCCUGAUGGCAGAUUAUUAUCUGGGUAAAUGGUACGGAGUAAAGAAGCCAUUUACCUACACACCAGAACAAAUGAAGCGUGUUGGAGUCACUUCCCCCGAGAGUAAAGCGGACCGGAAAAUUUCAGCGCAGCCCUUGAUCUUCAAUGAAGAUGGUGAUCAGCGUCGAUACAACAAACGGAAACUUAGCAAGCUUCCGUAUCAUCUGUACAAAGCGAACAGAAGGAACGAGCUUCGCAGCCAUUGCUUAUUCAACAUGAAGUGGAUUAAGACUAAACUGAAAGCCGUUUCCUAUCACGAGGUCCUGCUGGAUUACACGCUGUUUGGUGAAAAAGACGGCGUCAUGCAUAAAGCACUGAAGGCAGCAAAAUCAACUUAGAAAUACUUUCCGGAAACGAUCGCAAUGGAGAUCGCCGGUCGUCUGCCUGCUCUGCUGCAGGUGAAAUCUGAAUCUCACGAAACCAAGCUUCUGGAAGAUUCACUGACUGCGUCUGUAGAGGAUUGUAGACUAGUUCCCUACGUUCCUUGUUACACCAUACCCAGCGAAUCAGAGCUGUACAACAUAGAAAAUGGCCGGGUACCAGUCAAUCCAAAAUUGUCCCCAAUCUCAAACGAUUCGUCACACUUUGCGACGCUUACCGAGGACAACUGUUUACUUAUCUGGGAUGUCGAUAUGGGCGAACUUGAGACUACGGUUAUUUUGAUGGAGGCUGAGCAUCCAUCUUUGAAUGUCAUGGUCAAGCCUCCAAACCAGGACGUCAUCAUAGUGGGGACCACCCACCAGUCCAAAGGAAAUCCCAUCUUUAUUGUUAACAUUAAUACUGGAGAAAUUGAACAUAAAUUGCAGGCUGCGAAGAUGGGCGAAUUAUGUUGCUGCAAACAGUUGACGGUAAAACAAGAGACAAUGAUCUGUUCCAGAAAACGUUUUGCGGUCAACGAGGAAAGGUCUGUUUGUGCGGGAAAGUGUUGUGAAAUCUCUCAAACCGAGUACAAAACAGCAAGGAUCUAAAAAUGGCAACAAAAGUAAAGCAUGUUCGAUAAUCUGAUUUUUUUCAUGCAGUAGCUCAAAAUAUACCCCGAUUUACUUCACGCCUGGGAAAAAUUUACUGUGCUUUGGGUUCAUACAUUACAAGUCCAAUUUAGUUACAAUGGUGCAUUUAUAAAUAUUAUUAAAGCGAGAUUAUACGAUUUUUAUUUGUGUUGAAUUGUAAUAUAUUGAUACAAAUAUGUUAUUAUAACACACAAUAUGCAAGAAAAAUGAUACAUUUAAGACGAAUUUCUUAAAUGCAGCAAAUACAAAUUAGCGCCCCGAGCCUAUUGUGACGAAGAUAAUUCGUACAUAUUUUCCUACAAAUACCGAUUAAUUCGUCUUUUAAGUAUGUGUUCGUGUGUCGUAUGAAUCGAUAUCGCUGCAGGAAUUUCAAAUGAACCGUUAAACUUAAUUUAGAUUCACAUCGUACAUUCAUGAUAUACAUGCUGGCGAAAUCGGCUAUACAGCCUUUUUCGAUUUCAGAAUUAAAUAUCUGGCUUAUUUAGCGUUUUUCGACACAUGUUCUUCUUAACGUUUAUUUUAGUUUAUAUUGAAAUAUAUGUAUAAUAAUUUUUUUACACAUUUUAUAUUAAUUAAUAAAUAUUUUACAAGAUCGUAUAUACCCGCUUUAAUUGUAUUAUAUUAUACUUUGAUACAAUGGGCAAUGACUGCACAUGCCGAUACCAAUUUUAUUCAGUGCAAAUUAUUCAACAUGUAAAUGAUGUAUUGUCAAUUGUCCUUGUUACAAAGUACGCUAAAUGUACAUACAGCAUUUUGGUAGAUCCAUUUAUAAAACUGACGGUUUUAGUAGAAAGUGACCUAUUUUCCUGCAAGGGCUUGUGUGUUCGAUAUUUAUGAGGGUAUCUUUUGGUUGCAUAAUUUGUUGUAGCCUAAAGAACAAUGUUUGCAGUCUGUUAAAGUUGUUAUUAAAAGAGCAUGAUAUUAAAGCCCAUGUUUUUGUAUUCAAUACUUCUCAAUAAAUAAUGUGCAAUUCUUGCUUGGCUGAAAUUGGCCGUGUUAGGGUAAUAUUGUUAAAUUUACAGCACCUCAUGUGAUUUACUGUAGGUUUUGUCUAUGUCUUCUGUAUGUGUUCCAAUAUUUUGAAAUGACUUCUCUAAAAGGUCACCAAAAUACUAUUGAUAUUAGGGUAUCCCAAUACAUUGGGUGUCCCAAGGGUACAUUUUCUGUUUUUAGCUCGACUAUUAUAUAUGAAAUAUAUAUAGUGGAGCUAUCCUACUCACCCCGGCGUCGGCGUUCCCGUUAACGUUAGCGUUAGUGAUAGCGUUAGCGUGCGAAUGUUAAAGUUUGCGUACCACCUCAAAUAUUUCCUAUGUCCUUUGACAUAUUGCUUUUAUAUUUUGCGUACUUCUUUACCAACAUGACCCCAAUCUGAAAACAUGAGCUGACACCUGUAUCAAGCAUUUUGACAGAAUUAUUUCCCCUUUUAUACUUAGAACAUGCAAAUUAUUGAUAAAUCUAUGUUAAAGUUUGCGUACCACCUCAAAUAUUUCCUUUGAAUUAUUGCUUUUAUAUUGUGAAUACUUCUUUACCAACAUCCCAAUCUAUAAACAAAAGCAGACAACUGUAUCAAGUAUUUUGACAGAAUUAUAGCCCCUUUUAUACUUAGAUAAUUGAACAUUUUGCUUAAAUUGCCAUAACUUCUGUAUUUAUGAUCACAUUUGAUUCAUACUUUGACAAAACAACACUUACCUGACAUACCACAAUGCACUCCACCCAAACCAUCUCCCAUGCCCCACCCCAGAAUCCCCCCCCCCCAAAAAAAAAAAACAAAUAAAAAAAUUCCCACUUAUUUUUGAAAGAAUCUAUUCAUCUUUUAAAUGACCACACACCAACAUUAUACCCCACUCCCCUCUCCAUGAUGGCUUACGUUAUACUGUCAAGCACUCGAAUAGUCGAGCGCGCUGUCCUCUUACAGCUCUUGUUUUAUAUGUAUGUCUUGUUUAAUUGUUUUUGCUUCUUCAUGUAAAUGAAAUCUGGCCGAGCAACACAAUUGUUUUGGGAUUGGUCAUGAAAUCCUGCCUUCGGCAGUUUUCCAUCAAUCUCUUAUACAAAUAGUGUAGUUGUCAUUUACAGCAAUACGUAUGUGCACUAAGUACGGAUAAACAAGCUUACCCAGGAAAUGUCAAAGUUGGUUAACUGACCGCUGAAAUUUGAACAAACAGUACGCUAUGAGUCAUUUAAUCAAGCACGUAAGUGUACAUUUCAUGUAUUUGUCUUGACGGAGUGCAUUUACAACAAUUAUUUAAUCAGUCUAGAUUGUAUGGUUUCAGGUUAUCAAAGAUCUCGUGACAAGUUGAAGUUACAACUAAUUUUGUUGUUAACUGUUUACCACUCAGAUAUGAAUUUAAACCCGUGUGUUGUCUUUUAGAAAAUCAAUUAAAUCAAAGAACUUUCUGAAUAGACUGAAGUGGUUAAGGCUUCAUUUCCAACCUUAAGAUACGGAUGGAUGGCAAACCGUAAACAACCUGUACAGCCUGCGAGUUACUCACAGGGUGUUCUGUUGUUAUGUUGAUUGCAUAUACCCAUUUCAGAAAGAACAGUUAAAAACCUAUUGGUUUUGUUUGACGAUCAACAUGUUUAUUCAAUAACAGACGUGUGAAAUACUCAAAGAAAAUGAACAUUUUCAAUUAAGUUAUUAUACUUAUAGAAUUAACGUUUUUAUUGGUAAUCAAUCAUUAUUUUAAUUGUUGUAUGACAUUUAAUAAGAAAAUUCUAUGAUGUAUGCAUGCGUGCAUCAUUUAUAGUUUCUUUACGCAUAUCCGUUUGCCAUUGGAAACUGUUUUCAUUCAAGUUAUUAAUUCAUUCAUUUGUUAGAAAUAAUAUUUGCAACGAGUACAUACAUCCGUUUACCUCACCCAAAUAGGCAUUUUUCAUAUUGCAUUUAUUUUGUUCAUGCAAUAUUUAUUCACAAUACUGCACACAUAAUGUGUUUGUACACAAAUUUACAAUAUGCACCUUGGUUGUAUUCCAAAUAACCCAAUACAUUAUAGCAACUAUUGUUUAUUUUAUAUUUUGUAUUGGAUUUUCCUUUUACAAUACUGUGCUUUUGUAGUAUUCGCCUAUUCACUUACAACUACUUACCUCUAUUAUGUUUCCAAAUACAUUAAUUGCACCUGUAUUGUUUGCUCUCAUAUCAUUCUUUGACUGUAUUUUUUUAUUUUUACAUUUUAAUUGUAUUAUUUUUUAUUUAUUUAUAUUUGCAUUUACAUUUCUGGAUAUAAGAUUUUAUCUUCCGGAAGCUUUCCUGAUGCUUGGAGUGAAAGUAUCAUAGUACCUUUAUAUAAAUCGGGUUCGCGAAGUGAUCCCUCAAAUUACCGAGGUAUAUCUUUAGUUGACGUUAUAUACAAGAUAUUUGCAGGCAUUAUAAAUGAUAGAUUAACCAGGUUUGCAAAUGAAUUAGAUUUAAUUGAUGAGGCGCAAGCUGGGUUUAGAGCAGGAUAUUCGGUUACCGAUAAUAGGUUUAUUUUACAGAGCUUGGUGCAAAAAUAUAUUUCUAAGCCUGGAAGUAGAUUCUAUGUGUUAUAUGUGGAUUUUUUAAAGGCAUUCGAUUCCUUGGUGCAUCACAAAUUGUUCACAUGCUUUAUGCGUAAAGGAAUCCAGGGCAACGUACUUAAGGUCUUGACCUCGAUGUACUCCAAACUUAAAAGUUAUGUACGCACGAGCCCCUGCGCUAUUUCGAGCCCGUUUGCUUGUAACAUCGGCACUAGACAGGGCGACUUGUGCUCGCCGAUUAUUUUUAGUUUAUACAUAAAUGAUCCGUGUUCAUUUAUUCGACAAAAGUGCGAUACCGGAAUAUUUGUCACAAACGAUAUCCCUGACAUAUUUUGUAUACUUUUUGCUGAUGAUAUUGCAAAUUGUGCAGAUACUGCUGUAAAUCUACAGUUGCAGAUAAAUGCUAUUGCAGAAUUUUGUACCUUAACAAGCAUGAAUUUAAAUCUUAAAAAAAACUGAGGUCACGGUAUUUAGAAAUGGGGGUCAAUUACGUCAUUAUGAGAAAUGGUAUUUCACUAAUUGUCAAGUGAAUACAACGUCCGUUUAUAAAUAUACGGGCAUACUUUAUACCCUAAAGUUAUGCUGGUCGGCUGCAAAAACUAAAUUAGCCGCCCAGGGACGAAAAGCAUUAUUUGCCAUUAAAGAAUACCAAAUUCCGUUCGGAUAUUUCUGCUGUACAUAAUUCUUUAAAUUAUUUGAUGCCAUGGUUACACCAAUACUCACAUUCGGAUCAGAAAUCUGGGGAUUCACAUAUAGUGAUUCAAUUGAGCGUGCACAAAUAGAAGCUUGCAAGUACUUUCUAGGCGUUAAAACUGCGGUCAAUAACUGUGUAGCUUUAGGAGAAUGUGGCCGUUUACCAAUGUACGUCAUUUAUCAUUCAAUAUGCAUAAAAUACUGGUGUAAACUUUUCCACAUGCCUGAUAGAAGAUAUCCAAAAAAACUGUUAUAAAAUGUUAAAGUAAUUAGAUGAUAUUGGAAGGCAAAAUUGGGCUUCGGAUGUAAAGGAGCUUCUUUUUAAAUAUGGGUUCGGCUUUAUUUAGCUCCCAAGGGAUGUUGGUGAUAUUGAUUUAUUCAUGCUCCUUUUUAAACAACGUCUGACUGAUUGUGCAACUCAAUCCUGGCACGAAAACAUAAAUGACUCUUCUAGAUUCGAUACUUACAGGCAAUUUAAAAGCUUAUUAAACACGGAACGAUAUUUAGACAUUGCAAUUGCAUUUUAUUGCAGGCAAACGUUAGCGAGAUUUCGUUGUUCGAGCCAUAGGUUUCAAAUAGAGUUAGGUAGACAAUUAGGAAUACCAAGAAAUCUUAGACUAUGUGCACAUUGUCAAUUAGAAAAUGAUUCGUAAAAAUAGAGGAUGAAUAUCAUGUAUUUUUUUAAUGUUCUAAAUAUGCUGAAAUUAGGCAAACCUAUUUGUAGAAUUGGUAUCAUGGCAGGCAAACUAUUUCGAAUUUCUUUGAUUUAUUAAGAAAUUAAAAUGAGUUUGUUAUUAAAAAAAUAGCCUUUUAUGUUAACCAGUUAAUACGUUUUUCUUAUGGAACGUAAUACUUGUAGUUGAAGUAUGUUUGUUCGUUUUUGUUGUUUUUUUCUCCAGUCAAAUGAUAUUGUACAUAUAUACGUAGGGACAACUCUCUGUAUUAUCUGUUUAUAUAUAUUAUGUAUACAUGAUUUAUUAUGGGCCGGAGGCCUUUGUUUACAAUAAACUUACUUACUUACUUACUUACUAUAUGUUGUACGCUUUGUCUAGACAUUAACCUACAUUAAUGUGUUAUUCUUACAAUUAUGUUAGAACCUGCACUUGUAAGUGAUCCAACAUGAAUAAAAUCCUUCACAUAUUUAUAUUUUUAGAAACGAAAUCAAUGUUGAUAACUUUCUUAUUAUUCGUAGAUCUUUUACCGUUCUUACAUUAUAUUAUAUAUGAAUUCAUCACCUUUUAUUUUGUAACGGUUUCCUGUGUGUGAUAAAUAUUUUGAAGUAUUUCUAUAAAAUAUAUGUUUGCAUUUAUCCUACCUUUUAACUGGGUAUUUUGCUCUUUUUUUGUGCAUCCAUAAUACAAAGUAACGUGGGGUACACUGGAAUCACCAUAAUAGUCUUUCCGUCAUUCUUUGAAUCUGUCUGUUUACCCCAUUUCCGGAGAAGUUCUACACUUUUCAACGUACAAUAUUCAAACUACAUUUCUGUUACACCAUUAUAGAUACUGUAGACUUUUUAAGUACAAAUAUAAAUCUCUGAAACCACAAAAUCAAAAGUGUCAUGUUUGGUAGGUACCACUGUAUAUUGGCUCACUGCCAGGUAUUAAGUUUCAUUAAAAAAAGCUUGACGAUGAGGUCAAAUCCGACCACACCAAGUGGGUCACAUACUUUACAUAAACUUAUAUGGCACAAUAACUUAAACAAUUUGUAUGUCCCCCAGUCUAUAAUGGGGGGCAUAUUGUGUUUGCCCUGUCUGUUUGUUUAAGUCAACAACCUAUGUUUGUUUGUUUCUUUUAAUUUGCAAAUCAAAAAUACUUGUGGUUCAAACAGCCAAGAGGUAUUCGAGCCCUCAGGAGCUCACCUGAUACCCCACGUAACUUAACUGUUUUGAGCAGGUAGUGUUCACAAAGCUUCACAACAAAAUAUUUCAGGAAAACUGCCCCACCUUACAAACAACAGUCAUUUUGCAACUCAGCACCGAUAUAUACAACUCGUAAUUGUUUGCUUAUAUUUAAAUAAAUUGUAAAAGAGUCAAGCAUUAUCUUUAAUUUGACCUGUCAAUUACGUCAUAACUCUUUCUCUGUUCCUAGGUACAUGUAAGCUACAUGCAUAGGUCAUUGGGUUUAUAACGUUCAAUUUUAUUUAUAUUUUCUCUCUGAUAGGCGUUUCUUUUUUGAUUUAAUUAUUAUUAAUUUAAUUUUUAGCAGUUACAUAAACAACCAAGCAAUGUAAUAUGGAAUUUUUACACCCAUUAUUGCUGCUUCUUCCUGUAUUUGCGCGAUGAUUAUCUGAAAUAUUAACUCAAUGACGCUAUAUUUUUAAAUCUUUUUCUAUAAAGAAGAAAUGUAGUUGACACUUGUUUGUAGUUUCAUUUUAUCGUUCGUCAAAAAGUUGUAACUCUGUUGCUCUGGUAUCUUCAAUACCAUUGAGUAAUUAAAUUGAAUGCGUUUUAAUUCCCUUUUAUUAUUGUUUGAUUUGAGUUACAAUGCUAUGACGUUAAAUUUUAUUUACACUUAAAUGUAUUAUGAAUAUUGUUGGGCCAAGUGUGAAGUUGAGCGCUCUAAAACCGGUUUAAACCCCCAAUGCUUUGCAUUGACCGUUCCAAGGCGGUGACCCCAGCUUUAUUCAUAUUUUGUGUUUAUGUUGGUUUGUAUUAUGCUGUAUUGUGCUGUUUUGUACUGUUUGGGCAAUCGGUCACUUGCCUUAAAUAAAGGACCAACUAAUUGUU